GUAUGAAUAGGAUUCGGAUUCACGUCUUGCCUACCAACCGGGGGAGAAUCACUCCAGUACCUAGGUCUCAGGAGCACCUGUCUUGUUCUUUCACUCAUCGCCCAUGCUCUCAACCACGUCUGGAGGGACAGGAGUUUUGCAUUAAGCAUAUUCUUGAAGACAAGAAUGCACCCUUCAAACAAUGUAGUUACAUAUCGACGAAGAAUGGAAAAAGAUGUCCCAGUGCUGCCCCAAAGCCCGAGAAGAAAGAUGGGGUGUCCUUCUGUGCUGAACAUGCCCGUAGGAAUGCUAUGGUACUUCAUGCCCAGAUGAAAAAGUCCAACCCAGGACCUAUGGGUGAAACACUUUUGUGCCAGCUGAGCUCAUAUGCUAAGACAGAACUGGGUUCUCAGACUCCAGAAAGUAGCCGCAGUGAAGCCAGCCGAAUUCUGGAUGAAGACAGCUGGAGUGAUGGGGAGCAGGAAUCCAUUACUGUGGAUCAGACCUGGAGAGGUGACCCUGACAGUGAAGCUGAUAGCAUAGACAGUGAUCAAGAAGAUCCCUUAAAACAUGCUGGUGUGUACACUGCUGAAGAAGUGGCUCUAAUUAUGCGUGAGAAGUUAAUUCGUUUGCAGUCUCUGUACAUUGAUCAGUUUAAACGACUUCAGCAUUUGCUCAAAGAGAAGAAGCGCCGAUAUUUACAUAAUCGCAAAGUGGAACAUGAAGCUCUAGGCAAUAGUCUUCUGACUGGCCCAGAGGGACUUUUAGCCAAAGAACGAGAGAAUUUAAAGCGACUAAAGUGUCUCCGACGAUACCGCCAGCGCUACGGAGUGGAAGCCUUGCUACACAGGCAGCUGAAGGAACGCAGAAUGCUUGCCACAGAUGGUGCUGCCCAACAGGCCCAUACCACUCGUUCCAGUCAGAGGUGCCUAGCAUUUGUGGAUGAUGUUCGUUGUUCCAAUCAGUCUCUUCCAAUGACCAGACACUGCCUGACCCAUAUCUGUCAAGAUACGAAUCAGGUUCUCUUCAAAUGCUGCCAGGGGUCUGAGGAGGUACCCUGCAACAAACCCGUUCCUGUAAGCCUCUCUGAGGAUCCCUGCUGUCCACUGCAUUUCCAGCUGCCUCCUCAGAUGUAUAAGCCUGAACAGGGCUUGUCUGUGCCGGAUGAUCUGGAAACCGGCCCCGUGGAUCUGUACUUGAGUGCUGCUGAGCUUCAGCCCACUGAGAGCUUACCUUUGGAGUUCAGUGAUGACUUGGAUGUUGUGGGUGAUGGAAUGCAGUGUCCUCCUUCACCCUUGCUUUUUGAUCCUUCAUUAACGCUUGAAGAUAAUUCAAUCAAAGAAAUUGCCGAAGGUCCAGCGGAUAUAUUGGGCCAGAUGCCGAUGGAUGUAGAUGGAUGCAGAUCCCAGGGAUCUCGAAAUUCUGAGAAAGCCUCUGUACUAUUGCCUCAGAGUGGAGUGGCUACUGCAAAUGGGAAAGCAGAACCCACUUCUAUCAGUUGA